GGUAGUGAUCUUGCUGAUGAGGUCAUGACCUUGAAGAAUCGCCUGGCAGAACUGGAAGAUGAGAAGGGGCACUUGCAGCUGAAGCUGGUUGACUUUGAGGAGCUCCGACUGCAGCAAGCUCAACUUGAGGCCCAGCUGAAGGACAUGGAAGCUGAGAGGGAGGCUCUUACCAAGCAGAAGGCCGACCUCCAUGCAGAGUUUCAGGCAGCCAAUGAGGAGAGAGAGAAAGCUGAGUCAGAUUGUCACAGACCUUCAAGCCACUGUCGACCAGAACCAGGUGUCCCAUGACAGCGACCAGCAGCAGAGACUCCUGGAGCUGCAGAAGGAUCUGGACUCAGCUCGGGAGGAGCUGAAGGAGGUUCAGGAGCUGCAUGAUGCCGAAAAAAAGAAUCGGGUCAGUCUGGAGAUUCGAGCUGUCGAGCUGGAAGAGUUCAAGAAGAAGGCAGAGGCUGAUAUAGAAUCAAUGAUUGAGAAGAUAACAUCCCUGGAGAGAGUUGUGUCUGAGACUCAGACUGACCUGGAGGACAAGCUGUCCACCAUUGAGAACUUGAAGGGAGAGAAGGUUGCCCUGGAGAUGAAGAUGGCUGAGACUGAGGAAACCAGAGAUGCUACUGAGGUAGAGAAGCUGGAGCUGCAGAGUGAGAUUAACCAACUCAAGGAUAAGAUUGAGAGUGACAAGAGACCAGUCAUAGCUUUCGAAAAGGAAAAUGAAGACCUCAGGGCCAGGGUUGAGGAACUGCAGAAGAAUAUUGACAGUGGAUCAGAGAUAACAAAACAGGAUAAAGAAGAAAUUAAUAAGUUAACCUCCAUGUGUGAAGAGCUACAUUCCAGAAUUGCCUCCCUUGGUGAAGAAAACACCCAACAGAAACAACAACUCCAGGCAGUGAUGGAUGCCAAGGAACAAAUUGAAGAACGUCAUCGUCAGUCCAUGGAGGAACUCAAAGUCCGGGAAGAAACUAUACAAAAACUAAACACAGAGAUCACUGAAACCAAACAGGAGGUGACAACUCUCCAGGAGCAACUGAGGACUUCUCGCGAAGACCUACAAGCUGCCAAAGAGUCUGCAGUCUCAGACUUGGAGAGAAUGACUGCAGAAUUGGGUGAGAGAGAAUCUCGCAUCUUGCAACUGACUCAGUCUCUGGACCAGAGAAGUGAAGAGAUGCAGAAUGUGAAGGCUUCUGCAAACGAGGAGGCUAAUGCCGCUGCCAGCCUGGAUCUUCAGGUGAAACAGUUGUCCCGAGAGCUUGAUCUGCUGAAGGAGGGUCAGAGUGAAAAGGGAAAAGAGUUUGAGAUGAAGACUCAUACUCUUCUCUCACAGCUGUCCGAGAUGGAGGUUGAACUUUCUGAACAGCAAAAAUCUGCUGCUACAUUAGAUGACAACAUUUCGAAAUUGAAAACUGAGAAGAUUGAGCUUGAGAAAGAGCUCAUGUCCAAAGAAUCAGAAAUUGUGUCCUUGAAACAAUCUUCUAUAAUUCUAGAGGAAGAAUUAUCUAAACUGAAAAGUGAUUUUAAUGCACAAAUGUCCAAUCAACAAGCACUAGAAGAACAUGCAGAGGAGAAGAGUUUUGAGUUCGUAACACUACAGAAACAGAUUCAAGAUUUUGUACAGAGGGAGCAGUCUUUUCGUGACCAGCUUGAAAAGGAGAAAGAUUCCAGUGAGCAAACAAAAGGAGAGUAUGAACAGUUACUAGGGGAUCAUGAGUUUCUAAAAAGAUCAGUUGCAGAGAAGGAUUCAGAGCUUGAAAAGUGCAAUAAUAGAAUAGAAGAGUUGGCGUGUUUGUGUGGUGAAAGGGAUAAAUCAGUUGAAGACCUAACUGAACAACUGAAUAAACUGCAGGAAAUUUCAAGUGACCGUCUAUGCAGUGUAGAAGCAUCUGAACUUGAGAUUACUAGAUUGAACACUGUUAGCCAUGAGAAAGAAAAUGAAAUAACAUCCCUCAGUGAAAUGUGUGAUUCUUUGAAAACCGAGCUGACAAAAAUGACAGGUGAUGUGGAAAGAUACAAAGUAGAUUUGGAUUGUCUCUGUCUGAAAAAAAGUGAUGUUUUGCUACAAGUCCAAAACUUGCAAAAAGCAGUUACUGAAAAGGACAUCAAGAUUGACUCCAUUUCCCAGUCAAUGGAUGACAGCUCUUCACAGACUCAGAAGGUUCUAGAAGAGAAGGAUAUGAAGAUCCAAUCUUUGGUGUUGAACCUGGAAGAGUUGAACACCCAUGCUCAGGCUGAAUCUGAGAGGAUUCAAAAUCUUGAAACUGACCUUGAGGAACAGUUUCGUAUCUGUGGUGAAAAAGAUAGUCAAAUACAGCUCAUGAGUGCUGAGGUCCAGGAACUCAACUUGAAAUGCUCAGGCCUUGAAACAGCGGUUCAGAGGUUGAAGGAAGAGCGUGAGGAGCUAUCUGUUCAGUAUGAGAGGACUGUGGAAGAGAAUCAGGUGCAGAACUUGCAAGAAAAGUUUGAUGAAAUCACAAAACUGUAUGGUGACAGUGUUCAAGAAUUGCAGACUGUGACAAGGGAUUUUGAUGUGUUGAAAGAAGAACAUGAGAGCCUUUCCUCCAAGAACCUUCAGUUACAACUAGAAUUUGAUGAAAUCUUGAAAAGUGUUCAUGAGAAGAAUUGUGAAAAUGAAUCAUUGUCAGCUUCUUUGGAUAUAGUAAAGUCUGAUUUGGCAGGGAUGACAGAUAAAUAUGAUUCCCUGACAAAAUCAUUUGAAGCAUCUCAGCUUCAGUUACAAGAUACAGACUCUGAGAAAUGCAGUGCUUUGUUGAAGGUGAGUGAACUUGAGGCUGAACUCAAGAACAAACUUUCUGAUGUGAAUUCCUUAACUUUAUCUUUACAACAUACCAAAGAAAUGCUUGACACUCUGUCGACUGACUCCAGCUCCCAAGUGCGAACUCUCACUGAGAAUGUGCAUGAACUGAAUGCUCUGAUUGAGUGUCAACAAUCUGAACUGUCCAGCAUGAAAUCCCAGUUGUCAGAAACCAAAGAAUCAUUUGAAAGUUUGCAUGUCAAGCAGCUUCAGACGGAGAAAGAUCUUGCCUCUCUGUCCAGCCAGCAUGAUGUGGUGCAGUCUGAAUGUGCUAGUUUAAAUGUUGAGAAUAAUAGCAUGAAAUCCAGUCUCUCCCAGUUAGAAACAGAGCUGCAUGAGAAACAGUCACAAUUUGAAAAGACUCAUGUUUUGUUGACAGAAACUGUUGAAAAGUGUGGUGUUCUAGAGUCAGAGGUAAGGACUCUGAAAUCUAGUCAUGAUUCUGUUGUACGUGAAAGGGAAAGGUUGCAUGGAGAAGUUGAAACACUGACGUUAUCUCUUGGGCAGAAGAAUCAAGAGUUUGACAGUGUUGUGAAAUCUCUUUCAGAAGAUAAGGAAAGACUUACAGAACUUUUGUUUGAGAAAGAGAAAAUGGUCGACAGUCUUUCCAGUGAUAUGGAGUCCAAGUCUUUAGAAGUAGGAAAUGAGAUUCAAACACUGAGAGAUGAACUUUUGAAAUGGAAGACUGAUUGUGAAAGCAAGGAACAAGAGCUGUGUGACAAAAAUGGGCAGAUUGCAAUACUACAAGAAGAACUUGAUGUGCAAUCUGCCUCUGGUCACUCAUUGCUGGCCGCUUUGGCUGGACUGAAAGCAGAAGUGAGAACUGUUUAUAAACUGCUAGAUGCAUCGAAAAAACAGUCUACGAAAGAUGUUGAUGAACUAUCAAGACAUAGAAUAACCAUUGAGGAAGAGCUUCAGAAAACACAGGCAAAACUUGCAGAGGAAUUGGAAUCAAUAUCUCAUCUUGAGAAAGAACUGAAACAGAAGAGCCUCCUCCUUGAAGAGAGAGAUGAGAAAGUUCGAGGUCUGGAAGAGGUCACAGGAGGCCUUGAACAAGAGUUGAGUAAAGCUGAUAAGGAACUUGACAGAAAAGACAAGAAGAUAUCAGAGCUUGAAAUUACAAUUGAAGUGGAAAGACAUGACAAGGGAGAUAUGAAAAUGAUGAUGGAAGAAGAAAAAAAGAUGUUUAUUUCCAAGAUUGGAGAAGUGGAAUCUAUGCUAGAGGAGAGGCAAAACACCAUCAAAGAUCUUCAGGAUGACUGUAGUCAACAGAUUUCUACCAUUUCAACAUUACAGUCAGAAUUUAGGAGCAUCUCAGAAGAGAAAGAGAGAUUAGAAAGCACAUUGACUUCAGUCAGUAGUAAGGUUGAGGAGCUGGACCAGGUUUCAGCCACCAGGGGCAGUGAAUUGGAAUCUCAUAGGAAGAAGGUUGAAGAGCUAGAGUCCUUAGCUGCUGAGAAGAAUCAGUGGAUUGGAUGCUUGACUGAAAAACUGAGUUGUCAGACAGAUGAAACUGAGGUUGUAGUGUCCAAAAUUUCCUCCUUGAAGGAGACAUUGCAAAUUGAACAGUCAAGGAAUUCAGGUUUAGAAACAUUAGUGAAGGAGAAAACUGAUAUGAUUUCAUCGCUUGAUGAAAUUAUUAGUGAUCUGAAAACACAACUGCAGGAUAGAUGCAAUGUUAUUGCUGUACUAGAGGGUCAUGUUCAGGAGCUGCAGAGAUCCUUAGAGGAAACAGAAGGAAGUGUGAUGUCUCUACACCACAAGAACAAAGGUUUAUUACAUGAUGUUCAGAGAUUAGAAGCAAAUGUCAGAACAGAGAGAAAUAUUGUAGAAGACCUUACAAUGCAUAAAAUGAACUUUCCAAAAAUAUUGAUAUCACAGUUAGAUGCUAGCCAGCAGCAACUUGCAGAAGUGCAAGAUUGUAACAAAAUGCUAGAAAUUCAAAAGGAUCAGCUUCAGACUGACUUUAGCAGUGUCCUCAGCAGCAAAGAAGUUGAAUCGGAGGCCUUGAAUACUAUCAGGAAACAGAUGUCACUGGUGGAAGAUGAGAACGAUGAGUUAAAUACCAGAAUCAAGAACCUUGAUGAUUCACUAGCUUUAGUUAAACAGGAAAUGGAACAGACUAGUGAGAAGUAUCGACAGACUGUUGAAGAAAAGGAGUUAAAAAUAGAAAGCAUGGUCAGUUCAUUUGAGGAUUUUCAGAAAAUGAUUGAAGAAAAAUGUCAGAAUGUAUCUGAACUGAAGAGUCAGCUUACAGACACAGAAGGAGAACUCGGGUCACUUAAGGAAAGAUCCAAGACCUGUAUGGAAGAAAAGGAUGUGAGGAUAGAGAGUUUGUCAAACUCCUUGGACCACCUUCAGAAUAUGUUGGAGCAAGAGAUGAUGAAGUCAUCCAAACUAGAUAAUGAGCUGAAAGAAGCACAGCGUGUGAACGAUGCAGAUGCAGAUGUCAUUGAGAAAUACAGUGUCCAAAUAAAUGAGUUGAAACAUCUCUUGCAAGAUGAAGUCUCCAGUUCCCAGCAUCUCCAAGAGAAAGUGCAACAUUUGAAUAAAAGUCAAGAGAAAAUGUCCAUUACCUUGGAGGAAAGAGAACUGAAUGUUGUCCAGCUCACUGAAAAUAUUGAACAGAUGUCCAAAAACAUGGAUAUUGAGGUCCUGAAACAUGAGAUUGCUGAAAAGUGUUCAGAGUUUGAUCAACUCCAGACCACUCACAAAGAGGAACAGUCCAAGUCCCUGAUUGUGCAAAGAGAGUUGAUGAAGUCCCAUGAAGAACUGACUGAGAGUCGAGAGGAAACCAAAGAAGCUAAUGCCCAGUUUACAGAUGUGAGUCUGCAGCUUAGUGACAAGAUCUUGGAGGUGAACACUUUGACAAAAGAAAUGGAGGCACAGUCACAUGAUCUGAAGAAGAUAUCUCAUGAAAAAGAAAGAGUCUCUUCAGAAAUGAUAGCUCUAGAAGAAGAGCAUCAAACGAUAAAACAAGAAGUUUGUGGCUUGAAGGAAGUGAGACUAGGCUUAGAGAAUGAUAUCCUGAAGUUUGAAACCACAGUACAGUUACUUGAAUCCGAGCUUAACACAUUGAGAACCACCCUAGAAGAAAGGUCGUUGAAGGUUUUGGAACUUGAGAAAGCUGUGGUAAAUACCACUGAUAUGUUAAACUCAUCUGAAGAAGAAAGAGAGAGAAUGAAAAGCAAUUUGGAAGGCUCUGUUUCUGACCGAGACAACAAAAUUGUCCAACUUACUGAGGAAGCCACAAAUUGGGAGAAGAUGCUGGAAGUGAAAACAGGGCAGAUAGAUGAACUAAAUGCUGAAGUGUCUGAGAAAAAUGCAUCUUUGCAAAUCUUAGGGGAACAUUGUGAGGAACUGAUGGUAGUUUCAGCCUCAGCUCAGAGUGUUGCUGCCAAAGCCAGAAUAAAACAGACGCAAGUAGUCCUGGAUCUGCAGGCCACAGUGCAGAAACUAUCCUCAUCUAUGCAACAGAUUGAGGUCCUCAGGAAGGAUAAAGAUAGCUUAGAAAAAGAAAAACAAGAAUGUGCCUUACAGUGUUCAAACACGUUGGAUCAGCUUGAGCAGACCAAAGCAGAUUUAUCUCAGGCACAACAGGAUUUAAUGUCUACAUCUUGCACUGUAGAAGAAUCUCAACAACUUGUGCAGGACCUGAAACGUGAGAUUGCUGAAAAGUGUUCAGAGUUUGAUCAACUCCAGACCACUCACAAAGAGGUUUUGGACCAACUUCAUGUAUCAAAGAGUAUGCUUAGCAAAACCGAGGAAGAACUUAUUGAACUGAAGGAAGUUCAUGGAAGGAUCACUGAGGAACUUGAAUCAGUUCAAAACAUCAAAGGAGGAAUAGAGGAAGAACUGGUCACGGCAAAGGAAGAUGUGGAACAAAUUUCAAAGGACCUUUCUGUUCAGGCUGAUGAACAUGAAGUAAUGGCAAAGAAGUUAGAAGAAUCACUGGCAAAUGCAAAUGCUGUCUUAAAUGAAAAACUGGAACAGCUUGAUAAGUCAGAAAGACAGCUAGAGAAAAUAAAACUGUGUUUAGAAGAGGAACAGUCCAAGUCCCUGAUUGUGCAAAGAGAGUUGAUGAAGUCCCAUGAAGAACUGACUGAGAGUCGAGAGGAAACCAAAGAAGCUAAUGCCCAGUUUACAGAUGUGAGUCUGCAGCUUAGUGACAAGAUCUUGGAGGUGAACACUUUGACAAAAGAAAUGGAGGCACAGUCACAUGAUCUGAAGAAGAUAUCUCAUGAAAAAGAAAGAGUCUCUUCAGAAAUGAUAGCUCUAGAAGAAGAGCAUCAAACGAUAAAACAAGAAGUUUGUGGCUUGAAGGAAGUGAGACUAGGCUUAGAGAAUGAUAUCCUGAAGUUUGAAACCACAGUACAGUUACUUGAAUCCGAGCUUAACACAUUGAGAACCACCCUAGAAGAAAGGUCGUUGAAGGUUUUGGAACUUGAGAAAGCUGUGGUAAAUACCACUGAGAUGUUAAACUCGUCUGAAGAAGAAAGAGAGAGAAUGAAAAGCAAUUUGGAAGGCUCUGUUUCUGACCGAGACAACAAAAUUGUCCAACUUACUGAGAAAGUCACAAAUCAGGAGAAAACACUGGAAGAACUGAAGUUGUCUUCAGAUGCAAAUAUAGCCAAGAUGAUCGAUCUUACAUCAGAAGUGAAGGCUUUGAAUGAUACUAUUGGACAACUGGAACUUGACAGGGAAAAUCUGCUUAAACGGCUUGAAGAAACUCAAAGUACUUUGGCUCAUACAGAGGCUCAUGUAGAAACUCUGAAAACGGGAAAACAGCAGGCCAUAGACAAUAUUAAAUCAGUCAAUGAUCAAAAGGAAGAACUCAAGAAUGAACUGAGCAGCCUUGAACAGAAAUUUGAUGAAACACAUUUAAAGAUGUUGUCACUCACGGAAGAACUUUCCCAGGUCAGUGUUGCCAAAUCUGAAACUGAAAACAAAGUUGCUUGUCUUGAAACAGAGAAGGAAAGUUUGAUAAUCACAAAGCAGGAGUUGAUAGAAGAAGUAUCAAGACUCUCAUCAGAACUUAUAGAAAAUGGUCAACAAAUAGAAAAUUUGAGCCUUCAAGUUGAGAACGGGAGACAAAGUGUUGAGAUGGGGUGCCAAGAGGUUGAACAACUCAAGGAACGUGUGAAAGUUUUGAUGACCGAAGCUGAAGAAAGAAAUAUAGAGAUAUCAACACUAUUUUCACAGUCUCAAAUGUCCAUGUCAGAAUUCACCACAGAGAAAGAAAAGCUUAAUAUGACCAUUGGUGAACUUGAGAAGGAUCUUGUGGAGAAAACUGUGGUCAUAGACCAUCUUACCAAUGAAGUGGAUUCUUUAAGAAAUGAAGCUCAUAACAUGGAGGAAUCCUGCAGUGCUUUAAACACAAGCAUUCUACAACAUGAGGAGUCUGACAGAGAUCUUCAGUCAAAUUUAAAAGAUCUGUAUUCACUUGUUGAUCAGAAAGAGAAGGAAAUAACAGAACUCAGGUUGAAGGUUGAACUGUCAACAAGAACAACAGAGAUCAGUGAGAUGAGUAACAAACUGGGAGUUCAAAUAGAGAAUUUAAAGAGGACUUUAGUGGAGAGUGAACUGAAGCUGCAACAAGCAAAUGAUGACAAAGACAAAACUGAGCUUGCUCUUAGGACUGAGAUGGAAAUGACAAGAAAACAGACUGAGGAUUUAUCAUUACAGCUUCAGGAAAAAUCAGAUGCAGUUCAGGAAAAUGAAUCACAGUUGCAGAUCACUUUAGAUCAGUUGUCUGAGUUGGCAGAUUCCAGUGCUAGUCAGAGAGCAUCUUACCAAAAAUUGAGUGAAAGGCACAGGAACAUGGAGAACCUUGCUAAGUCCCUCAGGAGUACUAUCGAAGAGAGGGAUGUCUUCAUUUCACAUCUUGAAGAGGACUUGAGAAGUGCUUUGGAAACUGUUGCAGCGUCAUCUGCUGAGAAUGAGAAGAUGAAAUACAGUCUUGUAGAGUUGAAAGAAAAUAUGAGAGACACAAACCGUUCUCUUGAGAAGGCUAAUGAAACCACCGUACUAACCAAACAGGAAACAAGGGAAACAGAGUCACAGAAACAGGACAUUGAAAUGCUUGUACAGCAGGUGCUAGAUGAGAAGACUGGUAUGGAUAGAAGAAUAUCUCAACUGAUGGAGACCAUCAAAGAAAAAGAUAUUUUACUAAGUGAACUGAAAACAAUGCUACAGGGCUUGCAGGAUGAGAUUGAUUCACUGUCAGUUGAGUUAGGAAAGACAAGGUCCGCUUUACAUGAGCACCAGGAAGAGAAUGGACAAUUAAGGGCAUCCUUGAGAGAUGUCCAAAACGAGAAAGUAGACUUUGUUGAGAAACUCAGAAUCGCUAAUGCAAGUAUUGAAGAAAUGGAACAUAAUUUCCAGACAUUAGAAAAGGAAAAAUCAUCUGUGUGUGAAGAAAACUAUACACUACUGGAAAAGUAUAAUAAAGAAAUCCAGAUGGCAAAUGAUACCAUCAGUAAUUUGGAAGCCCAGAAUAGUGACAAAGAUGUCCAAAUACAUAUUCUGUCUACACAAGUUGAGGAAAUGUUUACAGAUAGCUGUUCAUCUGUUGCUGCAUUGCACAAACUGUUGAGGGAGAAAACUUUUGUUCACAAAGUGAGUUCUGAAAAGGAUGAUUCUUUGAAGAAAAUGGAACAACAGCUGACAGAAAUGAAGCAGGACUGCUUAGCUCUUACAUCGGAGCUGAGUAACUGUGGAGCUACAAUUGAAACACUCACUAGUGAGAACUCUUCCCUCACAGUCUCUUUGGAGGAAAAAUCAGGGUUGGUGGAGUCCCUUUCUUCAAACAUACACAGUCUCUCUGAAGAAGCUCAUGUGUUGAAGCAGCACAACAAGAAACUGACCGAAGAAUUGACCAAAAUGGAAUCGGACUUGAGAGGGUUAAAAUCUGAAAUGGAAGAUAAGCUACAAACUACUCAACUGCAGCUGACAGAUUCUCAAAAUAUGUGUCUAAAAGUUACAGAAGAAAAGAAUGUUAGAGAGAAGGAAAUUGGAGAUCUUCAGACAAAGGGUCAAGAUCAGGAUACUGAAUUGAAAACAGUUCAUGGAGAACUAACUGAGCUCAAGGAAACAUAUCAUAGCAUUGAAAAACAGCUUAGCAGCCUUGCUAAAGAGAAGGAAGAACAUUUAGAGAAGAUAUCUCAUUUAGAUACAGACCUGAUGAAGAAAGUAGAGGAAACCCAGAGUAUAAAUGAAACACUUAAUGCUAAUCUUAAGACGUCAGAAUCACUGUCCUCUGAAGUUGAACGUUUAUCAGGCAUUCUUAAAACCCUUGAAUCUGAAAAGAACACCCUGAUGUCAGAGCUGGAGGCAUCUCAGGAAAAACUGACUCAGGCUGUUGAUCAGGCAGAGAGACAGCAUCUAGAACUGAUCGAGCAUUCAAAGCAAGAAAGGGACACUGAGGGUGAAAAGCUCAUGGGUAGAAUUGACCAACUUACAUCUAACUUGAAUCUUCAAGCAGAAGAAUAUGAAUCUUCUUUGAAUUGCAAAGAUGAAGCUUUGCAAGAAUCAAAAACACAGCUUCAGAUUCUUGAGAGUGAACUAUCUGAUGUGAGUCAGAAAACUGUCAGCCUUGAUGCAGCAUAUGUUGUGGCAGGACUCAGUACAAGGAAACUGAAAACAUCUUUAGAAACAGUAUCUUUUGAAAGAGACAAUUUCAGAACAGAAUUUCUAUCUGUAUCCUCGUCCUUUGCAGAAACAAAAUCAGAGCUUGACAAUCUCAGACAAGAAACAAAACAACAGAAGAAUCAGUGGGAGGAUACUGUAUCAAGCAUGAAAGCAUCUUUAACCAAAGUUACUGAAGAGAGAGACUCAUUUGUUGUUGACUUGCAAACUAUUCAGCAAUCCUUGCAUGAAGUGAAGUUGGAAAAGGAAAAUGUGCAGCAGGUUUUGAGUUCAGCAUCAUCCACUCAUGAUGCAGAGAGGAAGCGAAGCAACUAUCUGACACAAGAGGUGGAACGUUUACAUGAAAGUGUGGAGGUACUGUCUGCAGAAAAGGAUUCUUUAGUAUCAGAUGUGAAGUCCAGAGAUGAGCUUGUGGCUGCACUUCAAGAACAGAAGACAGAGCUAAUGGCACUGUUGGAGAGUGAACAAACCGAGGCUGUAUCUCUCAGAGAUCAGAUCAACUUGAGAUCUGAAAGGAUUUGUAAACUUCAAGAAGAGUUAAGUGAUUUGUCUGUGAAGUUUGAGGAAGUGAGUAAUAAGAGCAGACAGUUGGUCCAAAGUUUGGAGAAUGUUUCUGAGGAGAAGAAGAAACUGGAGGAACAAACAUCAUUGCAGUCUCAGCAAAUCCAUGAACUGGCAACCAAAGAGGAGCAGCUUACGUCACAGCUGGAUGAUGUACGGAAAUAUUCAUCAGAAAGUAUUGAGACUUUAACUGAUCAAAGAAAUAAUCUUGAAUCAGCGGUGAAAACAAAGCAUGAUGAAUCUUCAAGAAUGUCUGAUGAACUUGGACAAUUGAAAAUUCAAUAUGAAGAUGUCAUGAGAGAGAAAGAAAUGUUGAAGGAAGACUUUGAAAAAAAAUGUCUGGAGCGACCCAAGAAUGAGAAAGAUGAAGAGAAUGUAAAGAACCUUGAAAAAUUGGAGCAGAAAGCAGCCCAACUCGUGACCCUCGAACAUGCUUCCAAGGAGUCAGAAGAUGUUGCAAUGGAGAAGGAAAAUCGUAUUCUCCAUCUGCAGGAUAAAAUUGAUCAGGUACUAACUGAGGUGGUCAAUGGGAAACAAACCACUGUGGAGCUGGAACAGAAACUGGAUGAUGCUAAGAUGAUUAUUGAAGAACUAGAGCAAACCGUGUCAGAUUUUGAAUCAAGGUUGAAAACAUCAGAAAACACUGUUGCUUUCAAAACUGAACAGAUUUCUGUCCUUGAAGCUAAAUUGACAGAAUUUAGUGAUUCCCUUGCUACCAUGGAACAUGAUAAGAUUAAAUAUGAUGUCAAAUUAAAGGAGACAAUAUCAUUACUUGAAAACAAAGAAUCACAGAUAAUUGCUCAGAAAGAGAUUGUUAAAGGGUUACAUGAAACUCUCUCAGAUCAAGAAACAUCAGUUGCUUCACUGAAGGAGCAAGUAUAUGAACAACAGGAACUUCUGUCUGAUAAAGAUAAUCAUGAUGUGGUCUUACAAGAACAUGUUGCCAAACUAAAGAGUUUGGUUGAGGACAAGAAUGAGAGGAUUGCUGAGCUUGAGACUGUGGAGCAAAAGUUGUCAGAGUUUGAAAAGGUGUCUGGUGAGACUCUCAGUAGUCUCCAGGAAAUGUGUAAAACUCUUCACUACCGUACAAAACUACCAUCUGCUGAGCAGUCAAGAACUAUGGGCAUGUUCUUUGAACAGAAGGAUGAACUCCUUCAAGAACUUUCAAUAGGCAUCUGCAGCAUCAUGGCUGAAAGGGAGGAAGUUGAGAAGGAGCUUCAUAAGGCUCUGCAGCUGCUUGAUGAGAUCUUUGAUGAUCAGGAGACAACAGAGAACACUUUGCAGGAAUCCAGACAGGAGUGUGGUUCACUGGACAUGGAAAUAAAGGAACUCUACAAUAAGUUGGUUCAUCUUCAACAGAAGGUCAUAAUAAGAGAUCAGGAUCUUGGUCAAAUUGCUCAUGUGAAAGAGUCUUUACACAGAGAUAUUGAAAGCAUGCAGGCAAGUCUUGAUGCUUCAAUGGAAGAGAAAGAAAGUCUUUCAAUCUUGAACAAAUGUCUUCAGGAGCAACUGGAUACAGUUGAAAUGUCACGAAAAGAGGUUCUAGAAGAGAGGGUGAAUAUGGCUACACAGAACAAAGCUCUAGUUGACCAGAUUGCAGAAACUGAAGACAAACUAAACCAAACUUUGCUUCAAUGCCAAACAUUAAAUGAGGAAAUCAUCAAGCUAACUGACAGACUAUUAGUUGCUGAAACUGAAAUAUCAGAAGUAAAAGGAAGAAAUCUUGAGCUCAGCAUGACACAAGAAAAGAUCAAACUGGAGUAUGAACAACAGAUAAAUGAAAAAUGUCAAGCAAUAGAACAAAUGGGAGCUGACAAUUCAAAGGUUGGUGAUGAGAUACAUUCCCAACUUGUUGAUAAGGAUGUGCAACUGUCUGUUUUAACUGAGGAGUUGGGGACAUUGUCCACAGAACUGAUUUCCUUUCAGAGUCUUCAUUCAGAAAUGUGCAAUAGAAAAAUGUCAUUAGAACAAACUUGUGCCAAACAUGAAGAAUCACUUGUUGAAAAGGACAGACUUAUUUCUGAGGAGGUAAAGAAAAUUGCAACAUUAACAUCAACCACAGAAGAUGAUGCAACACAAAAGGAAGAUCUUCAGAAGAGAUUUGCUGAGGCACAGGCAAAGGCUGAUCAGUUACACUUGUUGCUAAGUGAGAAAGAGCAUGCUGUUUCUGAAAGAGAUGAAGAGAUUGUGAGCAUGACAAAAGCUUUGGAACAGAUGAAAAGGGGAAUACAUGAGGAGGCUGAAGCUGAUUCUUUGACCCAUAGCCUUUCUGAAGCAGAGAUGAAGAUGAAAGAGGUGCAAGGACAAAUGGAAUCUGUGUUACAACAACUGACAACAGCGACAGAAACUAAUCAUCAUUUGGAAUGUGAACUCAGGAGUGCCCAAACAAAGAUGGAAGAACUUCAAGAAUCACUCAAGAAUGAGAUGAGUCAGCACAAUGAACUUAAGGUUGUACAUGAAAAAGUUUCAUCAGAGAUCAGUAUUCUCAGAGGCAAUCUUGAAACCAAGGAUAAGGAACUCAGGGAAACUUGUAGUAGAUUUGAAGUGGUGCAGAGGCAGUUGCAGGAGAUCGAAAAAACAAUGAUUGGUCCACUUGGAGAUAAGGAUGCCUUACAGAUAGAGAUUAGUGUUCUCAAGGAUAUUUGCAGUGAGAAGGAUCAGGAAAUUAUCAAGCUACAGACUCAUCACUACGACACUGAGUUUCAAUAUGAGGAAAAGGUUGCUGUGAAAGACAAAGAAAUAGCUAAAUAUACCAAAGAAAUUGCUGAUCUGAAAGAACAGUCUGAGAAAUAUUCCACACAGUGUGGUACAUUAAAGCUUGAAGUACAACAGAAAGUCAGUGAGGUUUCAGCUUAUUCUCAAAAAUACCAUGAACUUUUGAGUGUUGAAAGUUUAGAUUCUCAGAUAGGUAUGUUGAGGCAUCAACUGAAAUCUGCUUGUGAUGAAAAUGCUGAACUUUUGACUAGAGUCCAAGAGCAUGACAAGGUUCUGUAUGAAAGGGAUGUCAGAUAUGAAAAAGUCAGGCAGCAAGUUUUGAAGCUGGAGGAAGAAAUCCAAAUUACAAAGAAACAAAGAGCUUAUUACCGUGAACGUCUGAAGAAUUUGAAAUCACAGGUGGGAGACACAGAGUCUGUGACAACAGAGAUGGCAAUGGAUAUGUCAUGGUCAUCAGAUGUUGACAGUUUCAGCGAAGUAUCAGACACUAUGGACACUACAUCAGUUUCUCGCUACUCUUCACAGCGAAGUCUUGGCUUUGAUCCAGCAGUGGAAAGACUUCACUUUGAAAACAAAGAUCUUCUCAGACAGAUCAACUACCUUCAGGAAGACAAAGAAUACAUGGAAAAGGAUCUUUCAUAUCAAGUUCAAGAUUUGUUGGAUGAGAACAGAGAAUUUGACUCCGUUGUUAGGUCUCUGCAGACAAAUCUGGAGAAGGAAAAGGAACUUGAAGAAGAGGCUAAGAAGGAUGUAAAUAAAUUGCAGAAAUUGCUCAAGAAAAAGGAAGCAAAAGUAACAGUUGCUAAUAAGAAGUUGGCUGAAGCAACGGAGCAGUUGACUCUACUUGCUCAGAGGGUGAAAGAUAUGGAAAUGAAGGUUGAGAAUCUGACAGCUGAAAAUAGGAACCUUGAAUCUCAGCUUGGCGACUCUCGUAGACUUGAUGAAAGUUUCACAGAGUUUGAAGCAGGCGAAGGAGCAGAAGGACCUGUGAAAGAAGUGUUAGAAAUGAAGAAGCUUCUGAAAAAAAAAGAAGCCAGAAUCCUGACUCUCAGCAAGAAAGUAAGAGAAGCAACAGAGAAGGUCACAUUAGUCUCUCAUCAGCUGAAAGAUGCUCAACAAAAAGUAGAAACUCUACACAUGGAAAAUCAGAAGUUGACUGUUCAAGUUAAUGAGAUGCAGAAGAUGGAAUCAAAUGUAUUAUCUCCUGAAAGGGAAGUGGAGGGUACUGAUGAUGCCAAGAAGGUGAAAGAUCUGCAAAGACUAUUGAAAAAGAAAGAUGCCAAAAUUGUAGUCACGAGCAAGAAAGUUGCAGAAGCUGAUGAAAAUCUCAGAAUAGCCAAUAGCAAGCUGUCAGCAGCUGAGGAAAGAACUGAGGCUUUAUAUGAAGAAAACCAAAGGUUUGCAGAUCAGUUGUACCAAAGCAAGUCAAAUGUAUCAAGCCAUCCAGAAGAGAUAACAAGAGAUGCUCAGAUUCAGAAUCUUUUACAGCAGCUUCAGGGGGCUAUGGAUCAAAUUGCAAGGCUAGAAUCAGAGAUUGCAAACAGAUCCUCUGUGACACCCGGCCAAACAGGUGGAUCAUCAGCUUCAUUCCAUUUAGAAGAACAGGUGAAGAAGCUUACUCAGGAACUUGCUACUGAAACUGCACGAAGACAAAAACUUGAAGCCGAACUUGAAAAUCAAAAAGACACCUUGAUUGACCUACAGUUUGAGAAAGAAGAGUACAUGGGACAAUUAUCAUCUUAUGAAGAUUUCAGUGGUGAGAGUGCUAAUGUUGUCUCCAAGAUUAGAACUAUGGAACUGGAUAUUGCAAGAAAGUGUAAACAGUUUGAGAAUGUGCACAGGGAAAUGAAAUUGCUGCAGACUCUGCUGGAGGAGAGAGACAUCAACAUGAAUGCUUUGACAGUAAAGUUAGAGAACACAUCACAAGAACUCCACACCACCACAGUGAAGCUUCAAGAUGCUAAUUCAAGCCAUCAAGAAACAUGGAACAAACUUCAACAAACAGAAAAUCAGUUAUCAGCUACAUUAGUGGAAAAAAGUCAUCUUCAGAAUCAAAUGGAGGUUAUGAAAUCUUCUUCAACAAGUCUUUCAGGAGAUGACGAAACAUUUCAACAGAUUCAGACCCUAACACAACAAGUAACACAGCUGCAGUCUGACAUAGAAGCUUGGUCUCAGAGCUACCAUGAAGCAGCAACAAAGAGACAGGAACUUGAAACAGACUGGUAUAGACAGCAAGAAGUGAUCUCUACACUUCAGUCACUGAAAGACCAAAGCGAUACAAACUUGACAGACACCUUAAGAGAACUGGAUGAACUAAGAUUACAGCUGCAAGAGAAGGAGUCACACAUUGCAGAUUUGUUAUCUUUAAAACAGGACCUUCAAAUUCAGUUGAAUGAAGUUCAUAGAACAGAACAAAAGCAAAGAGAAGCUUCCUCAAGACAAAAUCAGUAUGAAGAUGAGUCCAAACAAGAGAAAGAACCUGAGUAUGACAGAAUAGUUUCUUUCCAACAACAAAUCUCUUCUCUAGAAGAUCAGCUAUCUGAUGUUGUCUGUCAGAGGGAUCAGUGGAAGGAGUUCUCACAGCAAUGGGAAGUGUAUGCAAAUGGGCUGAAAUCAGAGAAAGAACAUCUUGAGAAGAAACUGAUAGAUGUUCCAAGCACUAAACUUGAGGGCAAUGACCUUGAAGAAAACACAGCCCUCAGUGUUGAUGAUCGAGAGACUGAAUUGGAUUCACUGAGGAACCAACUUGAAACAUUGCAGAAGAAAAUGUCUGAUGAUGAAAACAAGAUAACGGAGGUGCAGGGUCAAAUGAAGAAGAAAGAUGCCAAAUUGGUUGUUCUAAAAAAGAAAACUGCAGAGGUACAGAAAUUACUUGAUGGUGCGACUGACAAAUUACAUCAAAUGGAAUGUGCAAAUGUUGAAAUGGCAAGUCAGGUUGGGGUUCUUCAGGAGCAGCUUGACAGUAGUCAAAGAAAUGAGAAGACUCUUCUGCAGAAAAUGAUGGACAUUGAUGCUGCCCAUCAGACAUGCUCUCAAGAACAUGGGAAGUCCAAACUUCAAGUUGAAUCAUUUAAGGAUGUGGUGGAAGACCUGGAGAUGCAGUUGCAGGAAUCCAGAACAAAGGAAGACUUCCUUCGGGACGAGUUGGAGUCUCUGACAACAUCAUAUGAAAAUGUCCAAAAAGAACUGGCCUCAAGGAGCUGCAGUAGUUCUGAGAAGGACACUCUUAUAUCUCAGUUACAAAAGCAACUUGAACAGACAGAUACUAAAUACCAAGAAGAGAAGUCACUGAGGAUGAAUGCAGAAAAAGUUUGUUCAGAUAUGAAGACUGAAAAUGAGCACAUUAAUAGUGGUUUAGUCGAAGAUGUGAAGAAACUGACAAAUGAAACAAAUGUUAUGGAACAGAAAAUUGUUGACCUGAAUAAGCAAUUGCAGCUGUCUUCACAAGAAAAUGAAUCACUUCAACAAACACUGACUGAGAGUAACACAGUGCUCCAGACGAACAACGUAAAGAUCAUAUCACUUGAAAAUGCCUGUAAACAAAAAGAUGUGGUCCAUGCAGAGCUGAAAACUGAUCUGGACAGUUUGAUUGAGAAACUGAAUGCCAGUGAGACUCUCAUUGUUCAGCUGAAACACGAGAAACAAAAGCAAGAUGAACUGGAGUCUUUGGUGGAAUCUCUGAAGGUUCAGAAUAUCACUAUUAAAGAGGAGCUAGAAAACAACAAAUGUGAACAAGAAGAAAAAGCAAAACUCCUGGACCCCCUUCAGCAGCAGGAGACUGUGGAAACACUCAGUUCACAGAACAGAAUGUCUGAAGAGACCCUAUUGAGUAUUCAAGAUCAGUUGUCAGCUGCGUUCCCCUAUGUCUACGUUGAAAGAGUUGUGACUGAAGACAAUGUGAUUGAGUGUGUGUCGCUUUUCAUUUCCAAGACUUAUGAAUACAUUAACAGUAACACUUAUCUGCAACAGGUGUGUGCUCAGAAGGAUGAAUGGAUUCAGACAAUGCAGUUAGAAGUGAACAGUUUGAAAGGCAAAAUUGCUUCUUUAGAACUCUCUGAACAAGGGGAUUCAUCCAAUACCAGCUUGGCUAUAGAUUACUCUAGGGGUGAGCAAUGUGAAGGAGUUACAAAGGAAACAGUUUAUGAACUGACACAGACCAAACCUCUCAGGAACCUUGACACUGAGAUACAGCAGGGGCAAUCUGAUGCACCAAUCACUUCUCAAUCAGAUUCUAAUAAAGGGAUUCUGGCACAUUCACAACAGAAGGUUGAGGAACUGGCUCAGAUGAUCAUCCAGAAAGAUGAGAAACUGAAGGAAGAAUCUCUCACCAUUGCAGUGUUACAGACUUCUCUCUCAGAACUCCAAGAGCAAAUACGGCUAAAAGAUGAGCACCUGACCCGGAGAGAUACAGAUUUAACAGAAAGGCAACAUACCAUCUUAGAUUUGCAGAGAUCCAUCUCUGACCUUCAAGGCAUUAAAGAAGGUGUUAAUCUUGGUGAGAAAGAGGAAGAUCAUAUCCAGGAUACUACUACAGCCCUUCAGGCUACUGUCACACAGCUUCAGCAUGAGCUGAAUCUCAAGGAACAGGAAUACAUCCAGGGUCUUGCCCAGAAGCAUGAAGUCUUGACAAUGGAACAGCAAUUGACAACAUCUCUGCAAGGUGCCCUAACUGGCCUUGAGGAUAAGCUGAGGGAUAAAGAACAAGCAUACUUACAGAGUCUUUCCAAGAAGGAUGAAGAAAUUGCCAAGGAACAGCAGAUGACGUCAUCUCUAACAACAUCCCUUAGUACCCUUGAGGAUGAACUGAAGGUUAAGGAAGUGCAUCUGGGCACAGCUAACCAGUCAUUGCUAGAACUGAACCAACAGCUGCAGACAUAUGCAGAGGCAGCCACAACACUCCAGACCCAGUUAGAUGCUGCUGAGGAGGAGAAGGGGCACCUGCAGACCAGAAUCUCAGAACUUGAAUCCCUAUCCACCAGCCAGGACUCAAGGAUGGCUGACCUGGCCACCCAACUGCAGCAGCAGGAAGCUGACUGUCGUGCUUGGCAGUCCAAGGUGGAGAGUCUGCAGAUGCAGAUGGAGCAGCAACAAGAUGACUGCCGUGCUUGGCAGACAAAGGUUGAGAAUCUACAAGCACAGCUGGUGGCAGCGAACACAACUGUGGAGCAGCUUCAAAGCAGUUCUUCCAACAAGGAGAAGGAAAUCAUAGAAAGAGCUCAGACAAUGGAGACAAAGGCAAAUGAGUUGGGGGGCCAAGUUGCCAGUUUGGAGUCUGAGAUUGAUAGUAUCAAAGGAGAUAAUUCUGCAUGGAAGGAGAAGGUUGAAAAUCUCCAGUCACAAUUAGAGAAUGCAAACCUAACUAUGGAGCAGCUUCGGAUCAGUUCUUUGGACAGAGAGAAGGAGGUGGCAGAAAGAACCGAGGCAAUGGAAACAAAGGGAAGUGAGUUGGAGAGCCAGGUUACACAUUUGGUAUCAGAAGUGGAGUUGCUAAAUGGGGACAAGGCUGCCUGGAAGGCUAAGGUGGAAAGUCUGCAGUCUCAGCUUGAGACUUCCAAUACUGCUCUUGAACAGUUUUCUAGUUCAUCCUCAGACAAAGAGCAACAAUUGACUGAAGUUAUGCAGCAGAUGAAUCAACAAUUGCAAGAGAAAACUGAUGAGAUUGUGAAUCUCCAGGCAAGUUUGGAACAGUCUCAAAACCUUGUUAAAGAAGUCACUGAGAAGAUUGGUCAGAAAGAUCUAAAGGUGGCAUCACUUUUGGAGAAUCUUCAGGAGAUGGAAGACAGGGUGACACAGCUGUCAAGUGGAGAAGAACAAUCUGCUGCACUUACAGCAGAGCUGGAAAAUGUUAAAACUGAGCUUGAACAGAAAAAGAAAUCUUAUGAUGAUAGGGAACUGACUCUCAAGAAAGCUCUGGCAACUGCUAAGAAACUUAAGUUCCAGCUGAAUCAAGCGAAUACAAAAUUGGAAGAAACCACAUCUCAGCUUGAAGAACAGAAGGCAAAAACAGUGGCGGAGGAAGCAGCUGUUAAGUCUGAGGUACAGAGUGUGAAAGAAGAAUCUGAUGCCAAACAUGAUGCACAGAUGCAAGAACUUCAGCUCCAGCUGCAGACUUACACAGAGUACACUCAGCAGCUUCAGCAGCAAGUUCAGGGUCUCACAGAAAAUACACACAGUUUGGAACAGCAACUGAAGCAGAAGCAAAGUGAGGUGGAUGAACUAGAAGGGGCCAGGAAUAAUAUGGUUUCUGAGUCACAGGAACUGAAGGCUGCCUAUGAGAAGCUUCAGGAAGAGCUGAACAGACUCCGGGAGGAAAAUAAUGGGUCUGUUCAAGAGAAGGAUGUCGAGGUGCAUAAACUGGGUGAGACUAUCAAGGAACUCGAAGGAGCUGUUGACUUCCACAAACAGACUGUGUCUGAGAAGGAAGAUGUCAUAAUGAAGCUUAUGAUGGAAAAGGAGGGAUUCCUAAAAGACAGGCUUAUUCUUGAAGAGAAGGAGAUAAAGGUGACAGAGUUGUCCCAUAUUGUUGAAAUACUACAGGAUUCACAUCAGAAAAUAAAUGAAGAAAAGGACACACUGAAAGCUGAAAUGGUCUCACUCAAUGAAAGUGUUAAGAAUCUUCAAGAAUCUCUGAAAGUUAGAGAGGAAGCCCUCGAAAGGUAUGUGGAUACCCUAGACACAUCUCAACAGGAAAUUUCCAGCAAAGAGGAUGAACUGCAGCAGCUGCAGGUGGAUCUGAAAGCAAUGCAGCAGUUGGUAGCCUCAAUGCAGGAGACCAAGGGAGAUGAGCCCCAGGAGCUGCAGACAGAACUGGAAGCUGUCAGGUCUCAAGUGGAGGAAUACAAGGCUCAAGUAGAUACAUAUAACCAACAGGGAGUUGUCUUACAAGAGGAGAAUUUGAGGCUAACAGAAUUGUUAAAAUCUGAGGAAGAGACUGUUACUAAAUUAACAUCACAGUUGGCUGAAAGCUGUGAACAUGUGGAAAGUCUCAAAACACAGGUUUUAUCAGCAGGUCCAGAAUUAGAUUCAAGUGAUUCUGAGGCCAUGUCAUUGAAUGAUUGUCAGAGACUUCUUGAGACAAAAAGAAUGAACUUGAAAGUGAAAGAAGAAAACAGUCAUUUAGUGGAGGCAGCAGGUCUUCUACAAACGUCUGUUUCCUCAUUAGAGGCCCAGCUGCUUGAGCAGAAGCAGGCAGCUGAGAAUCUCAGCACAUCAAGAGAAACUACCUCUGAAAGUCUCCCUAAGGAUUUAGAUUAUGAACAGCAGGUCAAGGAACUGAGUACACGGAUAGCAGUUCUUAGAGAAGAGAAUCAGAAGCUGAUAGAAGCAAGGGAAGUAACUGAUGAAAGUUUGAGUGCAGAGAGUCUCAAACUCCAACUUGACAAUGCACUGUCUGAAAAACAGUCCAUUGAAGUUCAAAGAGAUAACUUAAAGACUGAAUUUGACUCACAAGUCCAGCUGGCAGAAAAGAUGCAUCAGCUCAUUUCCGAGAAGCAGUCCACCAUCAAUGACCUGCAGAAUGCUCAUGACUCGCUGCAUGCCAAACUGACGGAGGUCACUCAGGAGAAAGAAGAGUUACUGAUAGAGGUGGAAUCUCUUCAAGGGGAGUGUGAAGGAUUUGAGAGAAGUAUUGCUGAAGCUCAGUUUGGGGAAUCAGAGACCAGAAAUGAAUACAACAAAAUAAAAGUAGAAUGUGAUCAAAUGUUUAGUGAAAAUAAGACUCUUUAUCAGCAGGUGCAGGAACUUAUUUCAGAAAAAGAAACUCUGAAACUUCAACUUGAGCAUAUUCCAGUCAAGUCUUUGACUGAUGUGGAAGUGGCAGAAAGGGUGACUCCAGUUGAAGCUCCAAUGUUACAGCAGGAGACACUGAGACAAACUUCAAGUCCUAAUGUGGAACAGUUGAACAGAGCCUCCUCUGAGACAGAGGAAAAAUAUAAAACACUUCAAACUGAACAUGAGAAGAUGAAGAACAAGUUGCAGGUUGCUGAAGUGAAAUGUGAGAAAAUGCUAGUGAAAUUAAAAGCAUUCAAAGUCAAGAAUGAAGAACUGCAAAAGGACAUGGAUAAAUUGCAAAGUGAGCUGGCCAACCAAGAUGGUAGUUCAAGAGACCAAGAAAAUAGAUUUGUCGAGGAGAAGAAACAUCUUCGGGACCAAAUGCAGCACCUCCAGGACAAAUUAAUUGAUAUGGAAAAUGACAACAGGAGAAUGUAUCAUGACAACUCAUCUAUGCAAAGUUCUCUCAUUGAACUUCAGUCGGAAAACAAGAGGCUAAAAUCAGAACUUGACUCUGAACAACAACAGAGUUCACAAAACCAGGACACUAUUAAAGAACAGUAUGAGCUUCAGAUUGUUGAGGUUGUUAGAGCAAGGGAUGAAGAGGCUCAGAAAGUUACCAAGCUUCAAGAAGAACUUGCCUUACUGCAAACUCUUGCCUCCAAAGAAGAUGAUUCCAACAAGCUUGAGUCAUUGAACAUGGAGAUUUCUACUCUCAGGAUGGAACUAGAAGCAUAUCAAGGCAAGGAGGAGACCACAAGGCAACAUUACGAAACCAAACUUUCUCAACUUCAGCAAUCACAUGACACACAAUCUCAAAGGGUUGUCCAUUUGCAGGAUGAAUUGACGGAAAUUCAGACUACUUUAGAACAUGUACAAGAAGAAUCCAGUUCCCACAUGACACAGCUUGAAGAGGAAGUGAAUCGCCUUAAGACGGAACUAUCAGUUGCAGAAGAUCUUGAGCGAUCAAACUCUGCAAGGUAUCAGGAAAGCAUCCAGAGCUUACAAGCUGAACUAAUGAAAGAAUCUGAGACAAGACAGCACUCAGUAUCAGAUUCAGAUUCUCAGGAACAAGAACUGUUCAGUUUGAGAAAUAAAUUGCAGGAUCUUCAGUCUCACUAUGACAUGUUGCUUGCAGACAAUAAUGAGUUCCAAGCCUUGGUGGAGACUUUGAAAGAUGGCAACAAGAAGCUGAGGAAGGAAGUUGAUGAGAUGAGAUUCCAAAUGAGUAGAAAGGAGGAGGAGGCAAGGAAGACAAGUAGUCAAAGUGAGGAGGUGAAGACCCUGCAGAAGAAGGUAGCUGAGUUGGAAUCAGAGAAGGAACAUCUUGAGGAGGAGGUUGAAGGAAUGAGAGAUGAGUUUGUGGAUUCCAGAAGAGAAAAGCAAAUCCUCAGUCAGAGAGUUGAGGACAUGAGUAGACAGAUUAGCUCUCUGGGAGAACUGCAGAAAAAGGUUGUGGAUCUUGAAGCAGAGCGGGACCAAGUUAUGGAUGACAUUGAGCAUAUGAGAGCUGAAAUGUCAACCUACAAGAAAGAGGGACAAGAUUCGAAGGAUGAAGUGGAUUCUUUGAACUGGAAGAUCCAAGAGCUCAGUGCUCUUGAGAAUGAACUUGAGGUGAAUAACAUGGAACUUGCGAAGUUAAGAACUGAGAAUCAGAGUCUCAGGGACAAGAUUGAUGGGUUAAACUGGAAGCUGGAAGAGGCAUCAGCAUUUGAGGAGGAUCUUCAGUUGACAAGAGAUGAACUGACUGCAUCACAGAAACAAUUAACAAAGGGACAGGAUGAUUUGAUGGCUUCACAAAAUGAGGUGAAGGCUUCACAGGAUGAGUGUGAGCGAUUGGCUGUGGAUAAAGAGAUGAUACAGUCUGAGGUGGAUUCAAUGGCUCUCAAACUACAAGAGAUGGAAUCACUGGAGUCCGAACUUAGGAUGUCCCAGACAGAUCUUGAAGAUAUGGAUAGAGACAGUAAGAGUCUAAAAGAAGAAAUUGAUCAUCAGAAUAGAAAGAUUCAAGCCCUGAUGCAUAUUGAACAAGAUGUGAAAGAAAUAUCUCAUGAAUUAAAUGUUGCUCAAACAGAAAAUGUUUCUCUGAAGAGGCAAAUUGGAGACAUGAACAACAGACUCAGCACAAUGGCUUCAGUUGAAUCUGACUUCUCCUCACUAAGUGAACAAUACAAUGCUGUGUUAAGUGACAACAGUGAUAUGGCAAAACAGAUUGAAGAACUUCAUGACAAAAUACAGGAGAUGAGUAGCCUGAGGCAGGAAGUCAGCUUCAGCAUGGAGCAGAGAGAACAUCUUUCCAGAGAGAAGGAAACAUUCCAGAGGAGAGUUGAUGAACUAGAAGAUCAAUCAUUCAUACAGUCUGAUGAAAACAAUAAACUCAAGCAGGAACUUGAUGAGACAAAGAGCAGCCUACAGCAGGCAGUGUUUGACAUCAGCACACUUCGGUCCCAGUUGGAGGUUGCCACAGCCGGGGGGAACCAACUGAGCAAGUUCCAGGCUGAGUAUGAGAAGCUGCAGCAACAGUUCUCCCGAGCCAUCGAGCAGAAGAACCAGGUGCAGGUGGAUCUCAACCAGGCCCUACACAGUCUGCAGCAGAGGGAGUCUCGAUGCCAGCAGCUGGCCAUGCAGGUGAGUCAGCUGGCGGAGGACCGGGGAUACCUGAACAUCCAGCUGGGGCAACUGUCAAAGUCUCUGCGGGAGAAAGAGCAGGAGUGGUUGGCGAUGCAGCAACAGUAUCGCUCCCUGUACCAGACCCACAUCAACACACAGACAAAGGUGGCUGACUUGGAGAAGAAGGCCGUCAAUGAAGCCUUGCAGAGAGCUUCAGCUGCCCAGACGACAGCAGCAUCAGCAACAGUAACAGCAACAGCAGCAGCAGCCCCUCAGCAACCUGCUGACCCAGCACAAGUAGAGGAACUCAGGAAGAGGUUGCAGGCUUCAGAGAAGUCCCGCCAGGUGGCGGAGCAGUCUGUGGAGAAGCUGGAGCAGAGUCUGGCCACGGAACAAGGACGGAGUGCGCAGAUUGAGAAGACCCUGACAGAGCUGCAGGAACAUCUACAACUCCAGGCCAACACUAAGGAGGUUCAUCUCCAGAUGGAGGAGGAUGGAGACUCCAGGAUCAGGGAGGUCAACACCAUGUUGACUCGCCAUGGAAUGGGCUACUGUCAGAGGAUGUGCAGAUGGGCCAGGAUAAAGAACCGUCAGCUGACCAAAGUGAUGAGGAUGCGCCCCGGGAUCCGGACUCUGAUCUGGGCCUACUUCAUCCUGCUGCAUAUCCUGCUGGUCUCCUGCUUCACAGGAUUCAUAUAAGGACACCGUAUUCCACGAGACGUGUCCAGCUGUACAGGAUGGGAGAGUCCACUCUGGACAGAUUACGUGCCAAUUUUCGUGGAGAUAUUGUGAAAGCCGGUGUCCAAACAUUGCAUGGGAGGAUAUACACAUUAUCAGCCGGAGCUGAAAUGUAGGGGAGACAGACAUUGACAAAUACAUUGCUUGUGGUGUGACCGUCCAUUAACUGUAUGGGAGACCAAAAUGGACAUCAAGACUAUCAGCUGUGUGGCUUUGCUUGAUGAUGUUUUGGACAUUAGUGGCAUGGCUUCAGUGUGUAUGGAAGGCCAGCUCUAGUUUCCACUCUGUGUGUCCUGCUGAUCUGCAAGUGUUGGUACAUUCAAGAAGUUGUGUCAUGACAUAGUACAUGUGCACGGCAAUAUUCUCGGUUUUGCUGGAAAAACUGAGGGGAUUUUGUGAUGUUUUGUGGAAUGUGUGGUCAACAAUUGUUGCUAACUCAUCUGUACCUUCAUAAUGGCUCACACCCCGCACAUGGGAGUACAGUGUGAACGGACAUAUAUACAUUGGAUCUAUGGCUGACUGUUUGGGUCAUAAUAGGAUAUAAUCAUACAUUGGGGGCUAUAACUGAAGGUGUAGGUCAUAAUAGUAUAAGAUACAGUGUCACGAGGGACUUGGUCAUACAGAAUGAAUGUUGAGAAAUAUUGAAGUGUGUCUGGCAGCAUAAAAAUAUCAUGGGCUUGCUACAAUAAUUAACAUGUAAAUAUGGAAUUUCAUGAAUUGGACAAAAUUAAUGGUCCCUCUGUUCAUACAGUGCAUACAUUUUGAUACAGAAUCUAAGGGAGCAUAUAUAGUGUUUUUUUCUAUAUUUACCCUAUACACAAUUCAUAUAUUUUCCACCAAAUUAGCUCUUAUAAAAUGAUGUAAAAUACAGAGAUGAUACACAGAUGAUACACAUUCCCUAGUGGUUCAUCAGCAGGACCAUGUGCGAGGACAUGAAUAUCGAUCUAUACAGUGGUGCUUUGUUAUGCAUGUAAAUAUGUAGAUAGGUCGGUUGUGUUAAGGUGUAUGAGGGAAAGUUUGGUUAUUUUCUAUCCACUCCAACAAAUCUCCACCUUCCAUUUCUCUCUUCCACUCACUAAACACCCCGCUAGACAUCUGGCACACAAAGCAUUUGUAUUCUAAUACUGUGUUAACGUGUUCCCAAUCAGCUGAAACAUCCAUUCAUAUGUUUUGUUGCUGGCAACUACACAUUGUAACAUUUGUAGCCGGUUUCUUUUUACCAAUUCCACUCUUAUUACAUACUGUGUGUUAUGAGACUCUAUAUUCCCUGACACUAUCUUACUUUGUAUUCAUUGCAUUUAUUCCUCACAGUGGGAAAAACGUGUCAUAUGUUCACAUAUUUCCCACAGCUUGAUAUUCUGUCCUGUCGGUUUCUCUCCCAUGCAGUAUGUACUGCUUAUCAAUUGAUUUACUAACUUGGGGACUUAUGUCGCGAUGAAAGAUUACACAGAUCUGCCGCUGUGUUUCUAAUUAGUCAUACAAAUCUUGCCUGUGAUUCCGCUUUUAUCAGUAACAUUGGUAGUAGAAUUUUUUAGUUAAUAUUUUGCUUAUUGCAUUCCAUUUUUAGGUUUUGUUUUCCUUUUCCUUCUGGUAUUUUGUUGGCAAUUUUCUGUUCAUAAUGUUUGAGACCAAUGCUGGGUAAGCUUGCCCAGAAAUAUUGCUGUAUUUUUACUUUGCACUAGUUUUCAUGGUCACGUUUUUUGUCAAGCCACAUUUGUGUUAAGUUGCUUUUUGUAGCUUGGGAUGAAUUUCUUCUUAAAGCAUAUCAAAAUAAGUCUGUUUGAAUGCAUCCCAUAAAAAGUCUUUCAAUGAAAGUAUUUUCAAAGUUGUACAUAGUAUAUACUCUGUAGGAGAAAUAUUUAAGGUAUAUUGUACAUAAUGCUGUGGAAAAUGAAGUAAUAUAUCAUGGCUGGGGAUUAUUGUGUACUUAACCUGAAAAGUAAAAUAUAGAAAUGAUA